AUGGUAUCGCUGGCACGAGGAAUCAACCUCCGGCUCAGUGUCACCAUGAUGAAACUCGCUCUGGUCCUGUUCAUUAGCACCAGCUUGAUAAGUCCAGUCCAGUCCAGUUUCAUCCGGUUUAAACCAGACACCGAGUACAUCUAUACUUUCCACUCUUCCACGGAUCUGAAGAAGGUCCGAACACUGCACGCCGAGUCUCAGAUUGGCUUUGUAUUGGUGAGGGGAUUUGGCAAGAGCAACGAGCUCCAGGAGAUUUAUCUGCGGGUGCAUUCGGCGUCCGUUACUAGCCAGGAUGAACGAGUUCUUUUGAGUGAAGAGAGAGACUUUAGCGAUUGGUUUUCCUUUGAUAUCAGUGAAAACGGAGCGAUCGGUCAAGUAUACUACCCACGUGAUGAAGACGAUCACGUGAUAUGGGCCAAGAAAGGUCUGGCUAGUCUCUUAGCUGGUAACCUGCAACAUCCUCCAACAGACAAGAUGAAGGGAAGCGGCUGGAGCUACGACUGCAAUGAGACAGGUCACGAGGGUCACCACGAGUCGUCCUACACGGCUCAGAUGGCACCGGGCAAUGAUGGCAUUAUUGUCUUCACUAAGACUAGACGCACACACCCAAUACCUUACGGCAAAUCCAAACACCAAAAGGAAAUCCACUAUCAUCCUGCCAUGAAGCUCCCAUUAAUGGUCAAGAUACUGGAUCACUUUGAUGCCCCAAGAGAAUCGGCACCAGGAUUUCGUCAUCAACAUCAAGGGGAUGAGCAAACAGAAGAAGAAUUUGAGUUUCCUGAGAUGCAGACCUCCUCUGAAGGGCAGCUGACCUUUGAACGAGAGACAUACUAUUCAUCACCAAGUGGGCCACCUGAUGAUGAGGAUAUAGUCACAGACUCAAUACACUUGAAGAAGCCCCUGCGUAGUCAUGUGAACACCGAUAUGGCGUCAUUGAAGGAACAGAUUUCUGGCAACCUGACAUGCAUGAGGAAAUCUGCGCUGAAAGAAUCCAAGCAACAGAGCCAAUGUUUCCAGGAUCUAGUUCAGACCUUGCACUCCGUGCCUGAUGGUCAGAAACUGGCAGAGAUAGUGGCUCCAAUGUACAAGCCGCCCAUGUCAAGACGGGUUCGUGACAAGCAGGACAGGCUGAACAUGUUGGAUGCGGUUGCCGCGAUGCACACUGAUACUUCUCAGUCACUCCUCACUGAUGCCAUCCUCUUGUCGCCGAAACCAAACAAGGAGCUGGUAGAGAGACUACUCAUUGCCAGUGCUGGCUUCAUACAUGCUAUUUCAGAGCAUUACCUGGAGAAUGUGGAGAAUAUCGUCUUCAAGUCACACACAUUCCCUAAACCUCUAAGGGACCCCGAGAUACAGAGAGUUGCUGUGCUGGUACUCGGUGCCCUCGCUGGUCACCGAUGGAAGGCCGGAUACAGAGCUCAAGCAGAGUCCAUUGUCAUCAAGAUUGAGAAUAAACUCGGCGUACAUGACCCCUGGGUGUACGAGAAGACCUUGACAUCUCUGACCGAGGAUGAGCGAGAUGAUUUUCACCACGACAUGGUGGCUUUGAUUGAAUCCCUGGGCAAUGCUGGGCUCCAUCGUUCCUUCCCUCACAUCCAGAGCUAUACCAACCACAGCGCUACUCAUCCACUGCUGAAAAGGGCUGGCUUACACUCCAUGAGAGACUACCAUCAUGACAUGGCAGCUGGGAUUCUUCUCAAGUCAGCCCUGGAUGAAGAUGAGGACGAGCAUGUCAGAUACGAGGCUUCACUCUUCUACAAGAAUCAUCCAAUGGGUGGUCACCAAAAUAUCUCCAAGUUUGUCACCCCAGAGGAAUAUUCUGCAGACAAUUUCUCCCAAGAUGUAGCUUCCGCUGCUAUAAGCCUGCCCUCCAGGCGUCGCUUGAGACGGGGAUUCUGGGACAGAUUCUCCUUUACGUUGCCCAGUCCGUCCAUUUCCUGGAAGAAACUCCUUGGCAGCCGAUUGGUUGGAGCAGAGUUUGGAGUGACCAUCAGGAAUGAACUUAAAAUGGAAAUUGCUCCCCUGAGUGGUCAUGUCGGCGUGGAUAUUUUAGACGAGGCCUAUGCAACAGUCUUGGUAGGACUUGUCGGUUUUUCAAUGGAUAUCGCCCGGGCUCGUUUUUGCUUCAAUGGUUACGCUGAUUAUAACCUCAACAUACUACAGGAAUUUGGUGUGGAGCGCAUCACUGACUUUGCAAAAGCGUACGAUCUCAUCAUUGGGCAAGUAGUUGGGAACAUCAGGAGGGCAGUGGACGUUGUUGUUAAACUCUUCAACGGCGAGAUAAGCAUUGCUCAGCUAUUUGACGACUUUGUUCAAUCACUAGAGAAUAUCCCUACCUCCGUAACCAAUUUGAGAUCAGUGGCCAUGCAGGCUGUGUUCAGAUUGUCUCAGUUUGACCCAGAUCAGAUGCCAGCUUCCUUCAAAGGUGUGAUCAGUGUCGUCAACAAGGCUACUCAGCUCUUCAGUGAUAUCAAAACAGAUGUCAUGGAAUUCUACCAGGCCGUCAGUGAAGCAAUCACUGUCACUUUGCCCUGGGCAGCCGAGCAGAUCUGGAAGUCUAUCGUUUCAGUUUCAGAUUCUAUUGGAGGCCUACUAAAGUCACCCCUGGAAGCAAUCGGAGCCAUCUUCAAAGGUGUCCUCAACAUUAAGACUUCUGUUACUGAAAUCCUGAAUGCCAAGAAGGAGAUAGAAGAAGCCAACUUUUUCAAAGAAGGUCAGAGGCCGUACUGGUUUGAUCUACCCAAGGUCCUCGGUGGUAUUCUCAGAGAGUUACUGGAACACCUCCGCAACAUCAGAAGAGAUCUUAGCGUUUGGGUGUCCGAGAUUGACAGCUCAUCAGAUCCCGUCAAGAAGUUGACAGGGGGUGCUUUUGACUCGCACACAUUGAGAGGACGAGUGCGAGAUGAGAUUGAGUCAAUCUUUGAAGAUCUGAUGGAUCCGAUACAACCCCUUCAGAAUCUCCUAGGCCCAUUUUUUGAGCUGCAUAACCUUGUCUUUGGUAGUGUUGAUGCACUCAAGGAAGCGUAUCAGACACUAAAGGAAGGAUACCAAAAGUCCCAAGCCCUUGUCAUGAAACUGUUUGGGCCCAAGGCUCACGAGAGAUUCCCAAGGAAAUUCCGUGAACCGGGAUCCGGGGCGUGCGCAUCAGGAGGUUUCUACCCAACGGACUCAGCUGGACACUAUGAGAAUCAAGGUGUGGAUCUGGAAAUACCACCUGGAGCAAAGUUGGUGGCACCAUAUUCAGGCGUCCUUUACAAGAGUGCUGGUAAGCCCAACCAGGUUACUCUGCAGGCUGGUGGUGGGGCCUUCCGCGACAUCAAGAUCAUCAUUGACAACGUUGAGCCCAAUAGGACCAUCUCCGAAACUAAAGGAGUUCAUGUAAUAGCUGGAACUGUUAUUGGCACAGUCGGUUUUUCCGCAACAUGUAGAUCUUCAAACUACAUCCAUCUUUCAAUGACGAAAUCCAAACCCAACCGCCUGGCGUCCCUUCUAGACGGCGCCCUGGAUGACGAUGUUUCAGUUGCUGACCUAGCUGCCAAGGAGGGAUACGUGGAUCCUGGCAACUACCUUGGGAAGAGACCUCUGAAAACACCCAAGUGGACACAAGUCUGUGACGAUUUCAAAAUUGUUUGGUUGGGAAUGGUAGUGAAGGAAGGUACCGUGCUUGGAAAUGAUAAAGACGGAGAGACGAAGGACACCAGCCCUGAGCGCGAACCUCCCCCUGACACCACUACCGAUAGACCAGACCCUACCAAACUACCACCAAAGCGAACGCCCUCUUUUGGUCUAGUAAUGUCACCAGACAACACACAACAAACCAGAGAAGCACUGGGCUUUCCCGAGCCAAAACUUGCCUCGGGGUCUCCGUUUAAGAACUUCACUCUGAGGAACCUGAAGAUUGGAUCCAUCCUGGCAUUUGCCCGUAAGCUUGGACUGGAGGAAACAGCAGACGCCUUGUUGACUCUUGUCAAGACCAUUGUUAAACUUGUUGGUGACAGGCCGUGCGUUCUACCCGAGUCUUUAUCCAAUGAUAUGUUGCGAAUUGAGCUGCAACAGCGUCGUCUGAGCUCACAAGGAGACAGAGAGACCUUACUCAAGCGAUACAGGCAACCUGAGGAUCGCUGCCCCCUGCUUCAAGUUUCCCUGCCCAAGAAUGUGUACUGUAAGAUAGACAACAGUUGCCUGGGUGUGGAGUGUUGUAUGAACGUCAAACUCUUCAUGGUGUCCUUUGCCUUCAAGGCAUUCAUGCGCUUUGACCCUUGCGAGUUUCAGUUUGUACUCGGUGUCAAUUCUUGGAACUACACCUUGCACAUUCUAGAUGCCAAAUUUGGCAAGGAAUUGAAUUUUCCAGUGCCCUUUGACAUUCCGUUUGCUGAUGACAUGGAGCUGUCUCUGAGAUUCACCAUUGAAAAGAGCAGGACUCAAUUACUAGUCAGCAUGUCUGUUGCCAUCUGCCCAAAGACUGGAGAUGCGGCCUGUUUGCCAUCUAUCCACGUGUUGAAAGAUUCUGCUGUCCCUGUGCCCUUUUGCCAUCCGAAUGGAACCAUCACGUGGCCAGACAUUGACAUUGAGGAGUAUUUUAAUCGUGCAACUAUGAGGAAGCUACUCAAAGAUACUGGAGAGGAGUUACUGCAAGCAGGUACUGAGGUUGCGUUGAACUACGUCCUGAAUGAGCUUGGCAUUCCAAAGGAAUUUCUUAGUGACAAGAAACCCUGCCUAGCGCCAACCAGCAUGAGUCAUCUACAGUUGAUUGCUGCUCUGGAGGGGAGGCAACUUGCCAUCACGGGAACUAGAAUGGAGUUGGAAGCCAGGCUGUCUCAGGAUGAUAGAAGUUGUCAGUUCUCUACAUUGCCAGUUUUUCCCCCGGAGCUGGCCAAGGUGGCCUACUGCUCCCUGAGUGAGAACUGCCUCCGUCUAGACUGCUGUCUGGAGCUCAACAUUGAGGAACUGAAAUUCCGCCGCUCCUUCAAAACCUUCGUUGAAGUUGACGCCUGUGAUUUCACAUUCUACAUCGCGUUUCAGCAUUUGCAGUACAAAAAAUUGCUGUUGAGCUACGAAUGGGGGAAAUCGCAGCAGCAAAGCAUCGGUCCUAUCACCCUUAAGUACUCCAUCAACAAGCUGGAAUCGGAGAAGACGUUUGAGAUUGACUUUGGGGCAUCUAUCUGUCAAGGCGCUGAUGAUUGCAUCUUUGAUGUGGACAUCAUCCAGGACUACAGAGUUCCUAUUCCAGUCUGCAACUCUAACUUCUCAUUCUCCCUUCCUGGAGGGAAUAACUUGAAGGACUUUCUUGAUCAAGUAGGCCCUAAUGCUGGACAGGAAGCCGUCAAUGUUUUUCUGGAGUUCAUUGGUCUUCGAGAUAAGAUUAACGAUGGACAGUGUGACACAGGCGCACUUGCUUUACAGGAUGAGGAAGUAUGCACUGAAGUAAGCCUGCAGUCGCUGCCUAGUGGAGUGACGUGUGAGCUUUCACCUCGAUGCCUGGGAGUUCGAUGCUGUGCCGAACUCGAUCUGAAAAUCACUGUAUUAUCAGUCAACAUGUGGCUGAUUCUCGAUCCGUGUGAGUUCACGCUGUCCAUGGGAUUUGGAAAAUGGUCUUUGACGUCCACCAUAUUUGACUACCACUGGGGUACCCAGGAAGAGCUGAAGAUUGGCAAAGCCGUGACACUGAUCUACACCAUUGACAAGCUGACUGAGGACAAGGUGUUUGUACUGGACCUAGCACUGUCCCUGUGCCUGCCAGACUCAGACUGCGACUCCCCCUCUAUUGACAUACUAAAGAGGACCCGAGUGCCAAUACCACUCUGCAACCAGAAUGCCACAUUACCAGGAAAUGGAACUGUUAGAGGCUUCUUGCAGAUGGUCGGUCGGAAUGCGGCAGACUCGGCCGUGGAUGCCAUUCUGGAACAUCUAGGAUUAUCUGAAUACAUCAGUCGAGUGCCAUGCGUCCGUCCACAAGUAACACAAGAUGGUUGGAACAGAAUUUGUCCAAGAGAUGUCAGACUACCCCGCCUUCCGAGGAACCUGAUCUGCACACUACCGGAGAAGUGUCUAGGGUUCGAUUGCUGUCUGGAGCUUCCCAUUCCCGGGAUCACUCCCGUCAGUACCCAAGUCGCGUUCAUCUUCGAUCCUUGUAACUAUCGGCUGUCGAUGAGUCUGGGCAGCUGGAGCCGGGAUCUGAAUAUCUUCUCCUAUCAUUGGGGUCAGCGGGAAGUGGUCACCAUAGGGAAGUCGGUCACCUUAAGCAUGGUCAUUGACAAAUCUGAUGCAGAGGAAUCCUUCUUGAUCGAUUUGGACAUCUCCAUCUGCAUCGACAGUGACUGUACAACCACACCAGUCCUUCAGGAUUUCUUGGUCCCUAUCCCAUUCUGUAACCUCAAUGCUUCCUUUGAGUUGCCUGGGGACGGCAGCUUUGCAGGUCUAGCCAGAAAUCUUGCCGGGAACGUUGGGGAGUUGGCCAUCCAGGCUGGUCUCCAAAAACUUGGAAUACAGCAAUUUGUUAGCAACCAGCAAUGUGACAUGGAGAUUAUUGUCCCUAUUGAAAACAGAUGUCCACUCUUAGGGCUACCGUCUCCAUCCAGCCUUUUGACCUGUUCAGUGGAUGACCGCUGCCUGGGCCUGACAUGCUGUGCCUCCCUUGACCUGGUCUUCACUCAGCUGUCUACCACCGCUUACGCCCUCCUAGACCCCUGUGAAUUCCAGCUGUCCGUCGGGCUGGGGUCCUGGUCCAAGAAUCUGAAGCUCUUUGAAUACGACUGCGGAGUGGAUAAAGUGCUGGAUAUCAGUGAAUCUGUCUACAUCUCGUAUAAUGUUGACAAGCUCACAGAGGAGUUCCUGAUUGACCUGUCAGUAACCCUGUGCAUAGACGGCACCUGUCGACCCAUUCACCUGCUGCAGGCAUCUCAUGUACCCAUACCAAUCUGCAACUCCAAUACCACCUUCUCCUUGCCUGGAGGUGGCACCAUCUCUGGCUACCUAGAUAGCCUUGCAGGCCAAGUAACUGAUGCAGCGGUGGACUUGGUACUAGACUUUUUGGGACUGAAGGCAUUUCUGUCCAGAGACAGGUGUAACCUCCCUCAAGCACUCCACGGUGGUAGCGACGAUUGUCCAGUUCAAUUUCAAGACGCCCUUUCUUGCCGUAUCGGCAGCCGUUGCACAAGUUUCCACUGCUGUCUGAAUCUAGACUUGAAGGUGACUCAGAUCAGCUCCAAGGCCUGGUUUAUCAUCGACCCCUGUGACUACACGCUGUCAGUCGGGCUGGAGAGGUGGUUCUUCAACGUCUCGCUGUUUUCUUAUGAGUGGGGAACUGAAAACCGUUUCAAGAUUGGAAACACCAUCAGUGUCAGGUUUUCUAUUGACAAGCUUGACCCCGCCAAGGCGUAUGAAGUGGAUCUGGUCUUCUCCCUCCUCAUCGAUGGCAUUACUACAAACUUCACCAUCAUGGCUGACCAGAGAAUCCCAAUACCUCUCUGUAAUGCUAACUUCUCCCUGGCCUUGCCUGGCGAUGGCUCGGUCAGAGGAUUCAUGAUGGAGCUAGGAGACAAUGUGGGACAGGCAGCCAUCCAGCGCGUCUUAAGAAGACUCAACCUACAGGAUGUUGUCACUGGAAGAACAUGCCUGUUGCCGUCAGAUCAAGUGACAAACUGCCCGAUGAUCUCCCUCCCUUUCCUGGAGAAUGUUGUCCAAUGCGCCAUCGAUGAUCGCUGCCUCGGCAUCCAAUGCUGCAUCCACCUUGACUUUGUCAUCACUGAAUUCAUGCUGAGCGCAAAGAUUCAAGUCGACCCUUGCAACUUCCGGCUGUACGUGGCCUUUGAGAACUGGGAACUGAACAUUACCCUCUUCAGCUACAUCUGGGGGAAGGUGGAGACUGUUAACAUUGGAAACGCAGUAAUGUUGAGUUAUUCCAUUGAAAAGCCAACAGACAGAACAGUCUUCUCUGUGACCCUGAACCUGAUGUUAUGCAUUGAUGACACCUGCACUAUGACCUCAGUACUAGACCAUGUCUGGGUUCCUAUACCCCUGUGCAUCAUCAAUGCCACAUCAUUCCCCUUGCCUGGUGAUGGCACAGUGGAGGGAUUCAUAAGGGAGCUGGGCGGUCGCAUCGGGAACUCGGCCAUUGAUCUGGUGCUGGAGAAAUUUGGCCUGACUCAAUAUCUACAGAGUCCAUCUUGUGACAUCGGAGUGCCAGGGUCUUUGAGAAGUACGUGCCCAUCCGUUGAUGUCGCCCAUCUCCCAGACUUCCUUUCCUGCACUGUCAGCGACUGUCUGGGCAUCAGAUGCUGUCUGGAGAUGGACUUGAAGAUAACGACUCGCAGCGUCAGUGCCUGGGUCAUCCUUGAUCCCUGCAACUUCACCCUGUCUGUGGGCUUUGAGAAGUGGGAACGCAGUGUCACCUUGUUCCACUACCCACUCGGAGAUGUCAUGGAGGAAGUUGUCAAUGGUUUCCUGAGAGUAAGAUGGCGAGUGGAUAAGAUCACGAAAGACAAGCAGUUUGAGAUAGACUUGUCCCUAGUCCUCUGCUUCGAUGAGGUAUGCGACACAUGGACAGUAUUUGCAGGCAGUCGUCUGCCAAUACCGCUGUGUAACACCGAAGAUACAUUCACUCUGCCUGGUGACGGCACUGUAUCAGGCUUUUUGAAUUACCUUGGUGGUAAUAUUGGUCAGUUUGCUGUAGACGCAGCUCUACGACAUCUAAACCUCACCAGCUUCCUGACAGGAAAGGCAUGCACCUAUCACAGGCAGGAUGCCUGUGCGAGGUCUACAGGUCUACUCGGCAACUGUACUCUAAUUGGAGAUUCCUGCACGGAGCUGCGAUGCUGCCUGGACCUGGACCUGAAGAUAGCUGAUGUCUCGGCCACAGCGUGGUUUAAGUUUGAUCCCUGUGACUUUACCUUCUCUUUGGGUCUGGAGAAGUGGUCCUUCCAUGGGUCCAUCUUCAGCUAUCAGUGGGGAAAAGAGAUUACAGUUUCUGUUGCUUCAGGAAUGAAUCUGAGAUAUUCAAUCAAUAAGCGGAACGACACUAAUAUGUUUGAGGUGAGCAUGACGCUAGAAUACUGCAUUGAUGAACUAUGUACCGAAAUUGAUGUACAGCAUGUUAUUCCGGUCCCUGUGUGCAACCCAGGCUUCAGCAAUUACAGUCUGUCAGUGGAUGGUUUCAUAGAGACGGUAUCAGGGCAAGUCAUCCAGGGAGCAUCGUUGGCCCUUCUGUCACGGCUCGGAAUUGGCCCAGACUUUUUCAACAGUCGACAGUGUGUCAACCCUAACGGGCCUCAGUCUUAUGGCAAUUGUCCCAAUAUGCAGCUUCCCAGUAACCUAACCUCCCUGGCUCACUGUGGCAUCCUGAACACUUGCUUUGGCGUACAGUGCUGCCUGGAUGUGAACCUUGGACCGCUGCAUCACCCAUUCAGUGCUUCUAUGGUGAUAGAUCCAUGCCUUGGCCAGCUGACCCUUCAGUUUGACAACUGGCAGUACAGUAAAUCCCUCUCACACCUGGACUUUAAUAACAGUCACGAGAUCACCAUUGGAAACUUUGUUAUGCUGAGGUACACACUGGAGCUAACUGAUGGUAACAUUGCAACCAGUCUGUCCAUAAAUGCAUGCAUUGAUGAUCGUUGCACAGGAAAUAUCAUAGUCUUGGAUGGUGCAGGCUCCCCUCUUCCUCUGUGCUACCCCAACGGGACUAUCUCUUGGAACAGUAUACCAGGAAUAACGUACACCUCUCAACUGGGAAGUGCGGAUGCUGGAGUUGAGGCUGUGGCUCAGGCUCUUGGGUUGCCGUCUCGUCUUGUCUCGGCCUCAUCUUGCCCUUCUGUGAUCCAGCCUAGUCAGACCAGAGACUGUCCACACCUUCCCCCUCAGCCCAUCUUUCUAUCAGGGGGUGUAUGUCACUAUUCAGAUACCUGUCUGGGGGUGGAGUGUUGUCUAGCAGUAGACCUCGGCAUCAUCAGUCGCACCCUGAGGGCCUGGCUGAUUGUAGACCCCUGUGAUUUCAAACUGAGAGUUGGAUUCGAGAACUGGAGUUACAAUGUCACUUUUAUCAGUUAUAGGUGGGGCAUGGCAACCAGUGAAAGACUGAGUGAUGCGGUCUUGCUCUCCUUCACUGUCGACAAGACCGCAGACAACCGGAACUUCCUCCUCUCCCUCUCCCUGCAACUCUGCAUUGAUGGAGUCUGUGCUCCUGACAUUGUCAUCCUUCAGGACUUCACAGCACCUAUACCGUUCUGUCAUCCCAACGGUACUUUGGAGUGGGCUCAAGAAUUGGAUGGUGAUAUUGGGGAUUACGCAAGUGGCCUCGUGGUAAACCGUCUCGGUGUCAGCGUUGAUGUUCUCCUACCUCAACCGUGCAGAGGGCCACCAGAGCAAAUCACACCAUCAACCACCGGCUGCAGCUCUCUUGCUUUGCCAUCAUCCGUCGGACCGUACUGCUCCCUGGACCAGUCAUGUCUCGGGGUGGGUUGCUGCUUGAACCUUGACCUGGGCAUAGUUCAGAGGUCCUUUUCUGUGUGGAUGAAGCUGGACCCCUGCGCUCGCACUUUCUCGUUUGGCUUUGAGAAAUGGACUCAUGUGGAGAUGCUAAGCAUACAACUAAUGCAAACUCAUUCCUUCGAGAAAAAUCUGGGGGUUUUGAAAAUAAGGUACCUCCUGGAACAUCCCCACAAUACUAUCUAUGACGUGGAUCUAGAUAUCAGCUUAUGCUGGCAGGGUGUGUGUGAUGAACCCAUCGUCAUUCUCAGAGAUGCAAUGUUCUCAGGAUCACAUUGUGCUGAUCAGCAAGUUGGAGGCAGCAGCACAAGGAGGAAGAGAAGAAGUGUGGGGGACCUUGCUAAUGAAUCUGCCGAGGGAAUGGACAGCAUGAAUGAUGUGACAGCUAACACUAUAGACAAGGCCAGGGCCUACUUUAAGACCAUUCUUAGUGGAAACUCCACCUCGUAUUCAGCAGAGGAUAACGCCAUCACAAAGCUGCAGCCGGAGAAGGUGGUCAAGCCCAGGUUAGCUGAAUCAGGCACAGCAAGCCGUCGCUCCAUGGGUCUACUCUUCUUCGGUAAUGAAGAUGGCACUCCAUUUACUAUGAGGAGAAGGAGAACGGACAUGUCACUCUCGGCGAAAAUAGGGAAAGACAGUUUGUUUGGACUCAGACUUACACCAGGCGCGGAUUCGGGCACAUGGCAGGGAGAUUCCAUCAUUGGAGGAGGACUAACACAGAAAGGUCUUGAUGCUCUUGGAGGACGUAUCGCCAAUAUGACCAUCGGUGAGUUAGAAGCAAUGCUGGAUCUUCAGAAUAUCGACCCGUUCACCGUGGGUCAGUUGAGUAAGGACCUACGGGCUGUGUUCAGGACUUUCAUUGACGAGUUCAUCGACGUCAUCAUCAGUGGCAAGGGUGGGGACAUCUUCAAGCAGUUUGACAUUGUCUUAAGUGGAAAGAUCCCUUUCCCAAGGAGACAUGCUCCGUUUUUGUCUGCAGGGUGGGGAAUGUCAGUUGGUGGAUUCAUCUCUCUUGGGUUCAAUAUUGGAGCUGGGGGUUUCGGUUACCUGGAGAUACCAGUACAUGUUGGCAUCGUUUCCAUGAAAACCACGGGAGGUAUAACACCAACUGUUGGCGCGUAUGCAAGUGCCGGUGUUUCUAUUGGAUUCAUCUUGUAUGGUGAGCUCGAGCUGAUCGCCGAUGUGCUCCGCACUCGCUUUCCAAUUGUAGCUGAGAUCACGUUCUCCAAGUUCCCACUUGAUGUUGGAUUAAAGAUGGAUGUGGAAAUGAUCCCCCUGAUAAUCCGUCUACGAGCUUUGGUGACAUUGAAAAUACCUCUUCUGGGAAAAUUUACACUAUUCAAACAUGACAUAUGGCGCUAUCAGGUUCCAACCAUACGAUCAAACAUAUUUGAUAUCCACAACACGGACCCUGACAAGUCACCUCCGGAGAUUGAAAAUUACUCAACACCAAUUGGGCACGCUAAGCGUAGCGUAACAGGCAGAAGUGUGUGUGGUGUGGAGCAGGUCCCCGGAUUAGACUACACAGAGCCAGCCUUCCAGCUUGAGAUUGCAGCGGCCGAUGACAAGAGCUUGGUGACGUUCUUCUAUCAGGUCGGAACAGCUCCUGGAGGAAGCGACGUAUUCUCUAAGACAGAGUUUGGAGGACCCUCGGUCAUUAUUCCUCAAAUGCUCCUCGGAGGGCAUCCUCUGUACUUCACUGUGUACGCCAUGAAUAAUGGAGGAGGCACUGCCACAGCUACCUGCAGCCUACCAACCUUUGACGUCACCCUGCCGACGGGUCGCAUCACGCCAGACUUCACCUCAACCAGUCACCCGUACAUACUCCGCGCCGCGGCCGUGGUGUACGACGAUUCCGUCAUCUUGAUGCAGAAGGAAGGCGUCGGGUUCGGCCCCGAAACCUGGGGCGAUCAGAUUGUACCGUGGAAUACCAUUGAUAUCACAGAGAGACAGCACCUUGGACUUUCAAACAAUGACUUUGACUACUUCACCGCCGCCAAGAAAGGUCGCCUCGUCUCCAAACCAAAGUCAACCAUCACUCGUCGCAACCCCAACUUCUGUGCACGGGACUGCCUGGCCCUCCCAGAAACCAAAUGUCUGAGUAUUAACUACAACUACGCAGAUUUCACCUGUGAACUACUGGAGGAGAUUGAGGGUCAUGGGGUUGAAGUUCACGAGUACGGACUCUUCACCCAUUAUGAGCGCCUCGGUGUGGGCCACGCUGUAGAGUUCAACCACGAAUCACUCCAACUCGUCCACAACAACCUCUACUACUUUAACAUUGAGCUCCUGAACUACGUAGGAUAUGAAAACAUCAUUUCAUCCGUCGGCAUCUUAGCAGACUUUACUCCACCAGAACCGGGGCUGAUCGUGAAUGGGACCAGGGAUGAGGUGGUGCAUGAAGCUUGCGUGGAGUUCACACCAGAGGAGUGGGAGAGACGAUGCAUUGAAGACACUCCAUUGAAUAACCAUCGGUAUAUUACUGAUGGUCCUGGUUCUAUGACUGUAUUUAACGGCUAUCAGGAACUAACUGAUUUGCAUUAUACAAGAAGCAAUACUUUCAUAGCGGCAAACUGGGAAGGUUUUCAUGACAACGAGACAGGAAUCCAUGGCUACACCUGGUCCAUUGGUCACGAUGUCUGUGAUGAUGAUGUCAGCAUGCAUGUUGACCCCCACGCUCAUCUGUUUGAUGAGUCAGAGUGGACUCACCAAGGACUUGUUGUCAGUGUGAAGCUACCAGACGGUGCAUAUUACAUGACUGUGCGUGCUCUCAACAAGGUAGAGUUUGGCGGCCCUAUGGCACUCACAGUGUGUCACAGCACACCUCUGAUUAUCGACAAUACUCCGCCCAUCAUUUACAGCAUCCUUGACAUCACCUACGACUCGUCCAUGGGUAGAAUUGGAAUGAAAGUCAACGCUACUGAUCCCGACUCCCAUCUGUUUGAGUAUCAUCUUGCAGCAGGCAGGACACCCAGGGAUAUAUCACUGCGUGAUUGGGAGGCUCACGGUUUGGCUGAACAGCUCUUCAUGGACUUCAAGAUACCCAACGGCAUACCCUGCUUGGUCAAAGUCAGAGCAGUCAACAGAGUGGACCUGCGCACCACAGAGCAUGCUGACCAGCCAAUUCUUGUAGACGAUACUUCACCAAUCGCUGGAGACUUGUAUGAUGGACCCUACGCACAUCAGGAUCUGGAAUUUACCAAAAAUAGAAAUAAGAUUUGUGCCAAUUGGUACAACUGGCGUGACCCUGAGUCUGGGAUCUUCUCCCACCUUUGGGCGGUUGGGACCCAGCCUGGACUGAGUAACGUAGUAGACUUCACCAAAGUGUCUGGUCGAGAACACAGCGCCUGCUCUGGCUAUGUGACCCUACAGCACGGGGAGACGUAUUACUCAACUCUCACAGCCUUCCACGGCGGAUAUGAUAAACUCAACGUUUCGGCUUCGUCUAAUGGAGUAACUGUAGAUCUGACUCCACCAAUGCAAGGCGAUGUGUAUGAUGGCCUACGGCCGGGACAUAAUGAUCUAGCCUUCUCAUCAAGGCCAGCGACUGUGGAGGCUCAGUGGGAAGGAUUCUCUGAUCCUGACUCUGGUAUCGACGACUACCAGGUUACAGUCUAUCGCAAGCAUGCUGAAAGUUUCACAAACAGUUUUGAGGUUAUCCAUAAGGCAGAUUCAGUAGGCAGCGAGACAUCCUCCAUUGAAUGGCAUCACUUCCAUCUCCAUCACAAGGACCAGGUCUAUGUCAACCUGCGCACCAUCAACCGGGCUUUCAAUCACAUUGAUACACCGACGAAUGGGUUCUUGGUCGACUUGACUCCUCCAGUGCUGCGAACUCUGGGAGAUGGGCUGGAUGUGGGUCAAGAUGCUGACUUCCAGUCGAAUUUUGAUAGCCUUGCUGUACACUGGGACUACUUUGAUGAGGAGUCCGGCAUCGAAGCCUUUGAGUUGGCGAUCUACGAGUUGCGACAUGGAAAUAAACACAAGAUCUUUCCUAUGGGCCAACACUCGACUGGCUUUAAAUUGAUUUCUGAUACCACGGCUCGGUCCCACGUUCAAGGUGGUCUGACACUGCGUCCAGGGGCUCGUUAUGUGACACGAGUGAAGGCCAGGAACCAUGCCAAACUAGAUGUUUCUCAUGAAACCAGUGGCAUCAAGGUCGAUCCUAGUCCUCCAAUGAUGAGAUAUGUGCGUGGAGGCAAUUUUGAUGGGGGAGUUGAAGAACUCUUCAAAGGGUACUUGUACCAGAACAGUCGUACAACAAUCCAGGCAUCCUGGCUGGCUGUAGAUGGACAGAGUGGUAUCAAGACCUACUGGGUGGCAGUCGGAACGGCUCAAAACUUUGAACUCAUCAAACCAUUCACUCCAAUGGGCCCUAAGAGCAGUGGUGUCCUCUUAGACCUUCAUCUUCAACUUACCGACCCAUCAACAUGCAGUGAUGAGACAGUCACUGAAGGUUGCCAACCAGUCUACUACUUGUGUGUCAAGAGUGAAAAUGGCGCAGGGGCUUUCAGUGACGUCAUCUGCUCCUCACCAAUCAGAGUUGUUGAUGAAGAUCAGACGGGGUACGUUACAGAUGGUCCGAGCAUGCAACAGGAUCAAGAUGCUCAGCAAGAGAGAACCACUGUUACGAUCUUCUUCAAUGGCUUUGAGAGCCAAGUGCAUGGCAUUUCUCAAUAUGAAUGGGCGGUGGGCACAACCCCUGGGGGCGAGGAUAUACAACCUUUGACCUCAGAUGGCAUAGUACCAGGAAGUAAUGCAAAUGUCCCAGGAUUGGCAGGGAUAGGCAAGGCCCAGUCGCCUCUGCCUCUGCAGCAUGGAGUGACUUACUACAGCACACUACGAGCCAUCACCAAUGCAGACAAAGUCUUAGAAUCCACAUCCAAUGGAUUCACAGUGGACAUCACUCCACCUGACAUCAUGAUGACUGACCUGGGCCUGCAUGACGCAAUCGUGGACCUGAGCUAUGACGGUGGAGUGAACUUGUACCAAUCUAACUCUGACUCCAUUGAUGCUAUCUGGGAUGUGACUGAAGAGGAGAGUGACAUUAUGGCUUCGUACUUUUACAUGGGGCAGUACCCUGGAAGCGGCGAUAUCUUCCCCGUUACUUCGACAAAAAAAUUCUACAUUCCAUCAGCCUUGAUAAGUCCUGCCGAAAUAGGAUCGCCCAACAUUUUGAGUGUUGAAGCAGUCAACAGUGUCGGGCUAAGGAGGAUUAUUCAUGCCACAAGCGUGACCGUAGAUAACUCUCCACCUAGUGUUGGUCAGGUCCAGUGCCCUGCAUUCAUUCAUGCAAACAGCGCCCUCUUGUGUAGAUGGAGCGAUUUCCUCGAUGCUGAGUCUGGAAUUGAUCACGUCGGGUUUCUCGUCGGGACAGCGAAGGGUCAAAGCGAUGUGUUCCAGUCUGGUGAUUUGCCCGGCUACUUCACUCACUACAGUGUCAGAGAUCUGAAUCUAAUUCACAACAAGGUCUACUAUGCGACUGUGAAGGCCUUCAAUGCUGUCAACCAAAGCACAAUGGCAUUCUCUGGUCCUAUUGAGAUCGACGAUACACCUCCAUCAUAUGGCCUUGUAGUGGAGCUGUCUGGUGUGUACAGCUACAAUUUCAGUGAUCCUAUCGACCUACCAGAAUGGGACUGUACAAACGAUGAGGAAUGCUUGAGCUUGGACGGAGAGUGUGUGGAAUCGAUUACCCAGCUGCAGAUCCUGUGGCAACCGUUCAGCGAUGAAGACACCCUGAUUACCAAGUAUGAGGUUGCCCUGGGCACCACACCAGGAGGAUCUCAGAUCAAACCUUUCUAUGAGGUGUCCAAGGACCAGACUUCAGAGCUCAUUACCAAUAUCGAUCUCAGCAGUGUCCGUAGAGUCUACUCCACAGUUAGAGGCUACAACGAAGCCGGUUUGACCAGCACCGCCGUGUCCAAUGGCAUCUACGUCAGCCGGUUGAGUGCCGGACUUCCAGCCCUCAGACCAUUCCAAGUCAAAGAUGGUGUCAUCGACAACCAAUCUGCCGACAAGGACUUCCAGACGAGGAUGCGAGAAAUGAGUGCGUCGUGGGAUUUCAGUGGCGAUCCAUGUCCAAUAAAACAUUAUGAAUGGGCCAUUUACAGAAUUGAUGACAAGGAGAUUCAGCCAAUGACAAAUGUGCACGAACGGACCUCAGACACCAACACAGAUAUCGAGAUGACAGAUGGUGAGACGUACUACACCCUGGUGCGAGCUACCAACGCUCUGGGCCUGGCUGUCACGGUCCGAUCUGAUGGAAUCACAGUCAAGCUGGACCCCUUGAUACCUGGCCAGGUCUAUGAUGGCCUCCUAGUGGGCUUUGAUCUGACUUACCAGAAGGAGACUGAUACUAUUUCGGCAAGCUGGAAGGGUUUUGGAGGGGGGAGACAACACCUGCAUGUUGAGCAUACAGGAAAUGCUGAAGUCAUCAAAGACCAACUCACAGAACAGACUGUGGAUUACUACGAGGCGGCGGUCGGAACUGACCGCCGUUACCCUAAGACCAGGGACAACGUAGUGCCCUUCACCUACGUCGGUCAGAACACCACCGUCACUUUCACUAACCUCAACCUUUUGGCAUUGGACUCGAUAUAUUAUGUGACGGUAAGAGCACACAGUGCUAGCUUUUCCACAGCUGAGGUGACAUCAACAGGGAUCAAUGUUGGUAUGGACAGCACAGUACAUGGAUCCGAAGUAGGAGUGCCCAAGUUCUUGAACUCUGUGUCCGAGGUGCAACUCGUGUGGGAUGAAUUUCAAUCCACUCUGCCCAUCCUGCUGUAUUACGUUGGUGUGGGUGAAUCUUCACCUUCCUCCGUCCAACCCGAAGAUAUCGAUUGCCGGGAUAUCUUGUUGGGGACGAGGCAGGCAUUGGCGACAUUCAGCGAAAGAGCAAUGAGUUUUGUUGGCAAGGACACGUAUGCGGACGUCAAGGGACUGAAUCUCACGCAUGAGGGAUCCUACUUUGUGACUGUUGUCGGAAUGAACGAAGGAGGACAGUGUAACUCCUCAACGAGUUACUUCUCUGUUGACAUCACUCCACCCGUAAAGGGUAGGCUGCGUGUUGGACCUUUCUAUGACAUGCCUGUUGCAUACACCGACAGUGCCGAGUCAGUCUCUGUGGUGUGGGAGGAUUUCAGGGAUGAUGAGAGUGGGAUCAAGUCGUUCAACUUACGCAUCGUGCAAGCUGCAUCGUGUCAUGUACGAGAUGACAACAAUCUGAGAGUGGUACCAAACCAGGACUGGCUGGCACUCAGCCCUGAUACGUGGGAAUUCACAUUCGUGGACUUAACCUUAGAGAAAAACCAUCCCUACUAUGUCCAGCUUUUAGCGGUUAACCAUGCAGGAGAUAACCUCCAGGCCCUGGUGGGGCCCAUCUUCGUCGAUUCAUCAGAGCCGACAGCAGGACUGGUGGUUGAUGGCGUGGACUUCAAGAUGGAUGUUACAGACAGUGGAGACCGCAGCCAAGUACAAGGCACAAUCCUACACCUGCCUAACCCAGCGGGCCCACCUUGUCCAAUGAGAGACAUUCCCUUCACUGACCCAAAAUGGUCAGCGAUGGACUUCAAGGGACUCUGGAACAUGAACAGGGAGCACUGGGACCUGGAGUACCAGUCACAGCAGGUGUUUGCAUCCGAUGAAAGUUUGACACUGAAGUUGGAGCGGGACACAAGGGGACCUCGUAUGCUGUCUGGAGCCUGCGUCACCAAUGCACAGAUUGUCAGGGGCUCGGAAUAUGAGUUUGACUUGAUAGCUGCACAAUCUGACCUGCACAGCGUGACCAGCAUCCUAUUCUGGGAUGGUCCAGAUGGCACGAUUGGGGAGUUCAACUUUGAUGGACGGGAGAACUGGCAAGAAGGGAUCUGUCAGUGCUGUUAUCAACAACCCUUUAAUCAAUCCAUGUGCCCUCAGUGUGACUGUCUGAACUUCCUGGGGAUAUCUGAUUCAGUUGACAACUCAACAUCUGGGAACACAACCUCUAUGCGACCUUUAACCACAUCCGGUGAGUUCAUCAUGGCCACCGACAAUAUUAGAGAGGCUGAAGUAUCCGACGAAAAUGGCACUUCCGUGAUGACUACGUCUUCCAGUCCUUGGACUAUCAGGAAGGUUGAUGAAAACGGGGACAGUGUUCCCGAUGAUGAGAGUGGGAGAUGGACAUCUCAAAGAGCUUGCGGCUUCCAACUCUAUCCAAAUGGCGGAGCGUCUCAAGCUGUUUUGUGGUGUCGCUACCUUGAUGAUGCUUGGCCUGUGACGUCACAACCUGUCGAUCUAGAUUUUGAUCCAUCAGUAGAGGAGCGACAUUACUCCAUCCACUUCAAAGUCAUGCCAUUUGAUGCAGAUGAGGAUGAAUGGUCCUUUGAAGUUUACGUUGACGGUAAGCUACUCUCCUCGCUUACUGGCAUACCAGUCCUGUCCUCAUCCACGAAGCUUAUCCUCCACGUCUUUAAUCGAGACAGCUAUGUCGCCGAGCUACAAGACCCCUUCAAUCCUCCGUCUGUCACCGCAACACUCACAAAUUUGAGGAUGCCACCUGAUCAAGGUAAUUUGUGUCGUUACGGGGCACCAUUUAGAGCAGGAACCAGUCCUGUCUCGCGCUACUUUGCCGGAAUUGGAUCAGUAGCAGGAGCAACCGAUGUUGUGGCAUUCAAGGAGGUUGCCCGGCCUUGCGUCCCAUGCAUCAAUCUCUGCGAUCAGUACCAGUGCGAUCCUUCGUGUACUCUUGACGCUGUUCCCAUCACGUUCACAAUCACCAACCUGACUCUGCAAAGACUCGAGCUCUUAAAUGUAAUGCUUGACAAUGACACUAAUGCAACAACACCAUCCUCUCAAGAAGAUAAGGGAUCGCUUCCAUUCUUCUUGACAGUGAAAUCUUUCUUAGGAAACGGGAAAACGGUAGUAGCAUCCUCAAAUGGGUUCUACGUUGACGACACUCCGGCGCAGCUAGAUUUGUUCUUCCACGUAGACCUCAAUGUUAACCAAUACCAGCCGACAUCAUUUCAGUCAUCAAACUCUACCAUCAGUGUAUUGUGGCGCUUCAGUGAUAUGGAAAGCUUGGUCAAGGAGCAUUACUGGGCAAUAGGAACCUCUAAAGGGGCAACAGACCUGCAAGACUUUGUCAACGUUGGGUUGAAUCAGACAGCCACCAACAGCGAUCUGGUAGGAUUACUCCACCACAACACUACAUACUAUGUGACUCUGAAAGCUAUCAAUGGAGCAGGCUUGGAAACCAUGGUAGAAUGUGAUGGUGUAACUGUGCUUCUUGAGGAGCCCGCGGCAGAUGACGCCAACGCCACUUCCCUGUUUAGCAAGAAGUUUCAGGAGGAAGUUUACCCUCCUGGGGUGGAGAAAAGUGAAGACGCAACAAAGACUGGUACCUCCUGGUCAAAACCAAAGGAUGAAUCAAUUGUCCGUUAUGAGUAUUGUGUGAGUAGCUCAGCCGAGCUCUCAGAUGACAUUGUUCCAUGCAUGGUGGUUGGAGGUAACUCCUCUGGCUCAGUGGCCAUAGAGAAUGGAAUGAUCAACGUCCGGGCCGGUGAACGGGAAGAAAGGUUCAAUAUCACGGACUUUCAAGCGCCAAAUAACGCCAAUCAAGUGGACGUGACUAAAAAGGCUGCCAAGUUCAAUAUGGAACCUGGAAAGCUUCUUCAUACCCGGAUGAAGAUGUGUAACGCAGCUACGCUGUGUGUGACAGUAUCAGCAGGAACCUCAACCGUGCUAGGAGACAGUGAUAUGGUGACGACAUCAACCAAUGGUACAGACCUUGUUCUGACAUCACCGACAAGAAAGAGGAGGAGAAAGAGAUCGAUAGAUAACCACUUUGAUUUCACUGUGGCUACAAAGGGAGGUUUACACCAGGGCGGUUCACUCAUCCUAGGCCUGCUGGAUGUCAACAGAACCAACCAGGAAUUCACAUCGGCUGCUGCCCUGGAUUAUAAACCCUACAUCACCAAUCCCCUGUACACCAUCCAGUACACAUCAAGAGUUCUCAGAAAUAGAAUUCGUUUUGUGUAUGAGCCAACAUUCUAUAUCACGAGUCUUGGGCAGACUGAGCUCCGUGGACCACUAAUGAUCAACGUAACACUCAGUACACCUCGGAACUGGACAGAGGCAAAACCUAGACUCAUUUACUGGGACAGAGAUAACUCUGAAUGGCGAGAUGCAGCCAAGACGUGCAGUGAUGUAGAUCGGAUAACUUACCUGGACGAUGGGAACAAGGUCAAUGUGGAGGUUUGUUCUACAUGGGCUCCUGCCUCGUCAUCCUCAGAGCCAGGUCGCAAGCGACGUUCUGUGCGAGAGGAGUCUUUCCCAUCUGACACGGCUUACUUCAGCCAUGAGACUCAGUUUGCAUUGGCUGAGGUUCUUGAUGCCAUCCCGAAUACCCCGCCUGCAAUCAUAAACCUGGUAGAGACUAUGUUCAUGAAUGAAGAUGCAGGAACUUUGGUGUACACAUUCCAAGCUAGCGAUGCUGAAGAUGACAUCUUAGUCUUUGAGCUUGGUAGUAACAAGGACGUUCAAGGGACAACAACGAUCACGGAAAGUGGUGAAUUCAGCUAUACACCUUGUGCUGAUUGCCAUGGUACUGUCACUCUGCAAAUCACAGUGAAAGAGAUAAAGACUUUAACUGAGCGAGAACCUCUGUCUACUAACGCCAGUUUUACAAUUGAAGUGAGACCGAUCAACGAUAUCCCUGUAUUGUACAGUGCUCUGAAUGGCCAGGUUGUCGGCAACGGCCGCAUCGAUUUGUUAACAGUUGAGCAGAACACACUAUCCAAUGUGGCCUACAAGGACCUGAGGGCUGAGCUUGGAGCGUAUGACGUUGACAGCGAUGAUAACCUGACCAUUAUAAUCCAGCCCCCGACCUAUGGCACUCUGACGCUGACAGAGGAAGUAAAGACUGUGCCGUCUACGCAGAAGUGCAGUGAGCCCUCUGGAGACAGGGAGGGGCCAGUCAUCCCAUGUGGGCUAAAGUUGCCUCAUGAAAAGGAGGACAUGAGCUGGACAACAUUAACAUUCACCUACACUCCGAACCCCAACUAUCACGGCAAGGAUAGUUUCCUUGUGUUAGCCGACGACCGGUCAGGAGCCAAGUCUCAGCUACUCGAAGUACAGAUUGCUGUGCUGGUCAACCCUUGCAUCAAUGAUGGCGUCUGCAGAGGACCUGUGGAAGAUCCUGAUUGUUCCUCCCCUGCACGAAGCAGUGGGUUCGAAUCCUACUCCUGCCACUGUGAGCCCGGCUGGGUUGGCGACGUCUGUGAGAUUGAUUAUGAUGAGUGCCAAUCCACACCGUGUGAAUAUCCAUACAUCUGCUACGAUCAUCUGAAUGGAUUCGAAUGUGCCUGUCCACUUUCGGAUCCACUGUGUGAUGGAUUGAACUGGAGCUGGCGGGCGAAACCACGUGAGAGGGUGGUGUCUACACUGCACCACUGGGCGGAUGAGCUACAUCAGACAGCCAACGACCAGGGCGGAGGAGGUCAACGUCUGACCCAACGGCCACGUCAAGGCCGAGAGGGGGAUUCUGACGCAUGGGCAACCCAGGAUCUCCGUACUUCAUGCCCAGGCUUGCGCCCUGGAGAGGCCACUCCAGCCUCACCCUACAGUGAGGAAACAACACGGCAGCUGGCAGUUACGGGUUAUAAGUCCCAUCCAAUUGGCGUAGGAAACGGGGUGCCACGGGUCAGCUGCGACGGUGGGAGGAACCAUUGCGUUCCAUUGGUCGGCUACCGCCCGCCUCAAGCCGGGCAGCCCCCGGCCAGUAAGGUGUCGACCCGCCAACGUCCGUCUGCCUCAUUGGGUGCUUGGGGCUUAGUGUAA